UACCGCAAUAUUGCAGCCCUGUUGCCUGUUUGCAACCCUAGUACUGAUACUCAGCUGAUACUCUGCUGUAACGUUGCAAAUUAUUAAUCCACAGAACGUGAUUGCGAUUAAGGUGUUGUAAUUUGUGCACUGCGAGAUGGAAAUGUUGAUAAAUUUAAUAAUUGAUGAAGUGGAGGAAGCUAGUAUCGAUUGUUUACUAAUGAAUCGGAAGAAAAGAAGAAUUAUCAUCAAAAGAAAAAAUUUGUUGGUACAAAAAAUAUGUAGAAAGAGGCGAGUCACAAAAGUGCAAAAUUUUUAUAAAACUAUUGAAAUGUACGAAUCCGACGUAUUUUUCUCCCACUUCAGAAUGAGUCGCGAUACGUUUGCUAAACUGAAUGAUGCUCUGGAGCCUUUCUGGUCACCGAAUAGUAGCAACUACUCCCUAAAGGCAUCGCUGUAUAUGACGCUAUGGAAACUAUCCAACAGCAGAGUAACAUAUCGCGAUCUUUCUGAUCGGUUUAAUUUAGGGAAAGGAACAGCCCACAAACUUUUUUUUUAAAUUGUAAGGACGAUAUGCUGCCUUAAAACCGAAAUUUCUUGGCCAACGAUUGCUGAGCAGCGAUUCGUGAUGGAAGGCUUCCAAACAAAAAGGGCAAAUUCCUUUCCCUUCGUUGUGGGAUGCGCUGAUGGCAUACACUUCAAAAUAAAUAUACCAAGUAAUGAUGCAGUCAGCUAUUAUGACCGCAAGGGUACUUAUUCUAUAAAUAUGCAGGCUAUAUGCGAUAGCAAUCUGCGCUUUUUAGAUGUAUUUAUCGGCUAUCCUGGAAGUUGCCACGACGCCAAUGUAUGGAGAAACAGUCCAAUUUAUAAGGGAAUAACAUCUGGAGAAGUUGAACUUGCAAGUGGAGCCGUAAUAUUAGCAGAUUCUGCAUAUCCACUAUCGAAAUAUAUGAUAGUACCCUUUAGAGAUAAUGGACAUCUUUCCAGCGAUGAAAGAAAAUUCAAUUACAUUCUCAGUUCUACCAGAGUACUAAUAGAGCAGGCCUUUGGGGUUUUAAGGUCAAAAUUUAGAAUUUUAAACCACAUCGAUGUUACAAGUUUAAAGAGCACUUCGGAAGUUGUAUUGGCCUGCACUAUAUUGCACAAUUUUAUAAUUAAGCAUUGUGGGGAUUCAAGCUUGGCAGAUGCUUUUGAGAACACCGGUGUAGAAUCAAAUAUUAUUACUGAGAGUAAUCAUGAAAUAGAAGUUAUUGAAAUUAUUAAUGACUAUAAUGAAGGAGUUGCUAGAAGAAAUGAACUAAAGAUGCUAUUUCUUUCAUGAAGUUUAUUCAUGUCAAUAUUUAUUCUUUUUAAAUUCA